GUGUGAUAAACGGUCCCAGCCUCCCCCCAGAGCUGAGCUCUGCCCCUAACGCUCUGAUUGUCUCUCCCCAAUGAAUGUGACUCUGGAUCCAGACACAGCUCAUCCCCAACUCGUCCUGUCUGAGGAUGGGAAAUGUGUGAGACAGGCAGACACACAGCAGGAUCUGCCCAACAACCCUGAGAGAUUUGACACUGAUCGCUGUGUAGUGGGCUGUGAAGAAUUCACCUCAGGGAGACAUUGCUGGGAGGUGGAGGUGCAGGGUGGGCGAUACUGGGCUGUGGGGGUGGCCAGAGAGUCUGUGAGGAGGAAGGGGAGGAUCAGCUGUAAUCCUGAGGAGGGGAUCUGGGCUGUGCAGUGGUGGCUGUAUCAGUUCUGGCAUCUCACCGACCCUGUGACACCCCUGCCCCGGCGCUGGUUCCCCAGCAGGAUUCGGGUUUGUCUGGAUUGUGACCGGGGGCAGGUGACAUUUAUCGAUGCAGGUGACGAGGCCCCGAUCUUCACUUUCCCACUGGGCUCCGUCCCUGGGGAGAGAAUCCGACCCUGGCUCUGGGUGGGGUGGGGAUCCCGGCUCAGCCUGUGUCCCUGA